AUGUGCGGGAGUGGUAUUUUUAAAGUGUCCACGAGCCUAGAGACGCUUAAUCUUCACAUGUGCGGUGGUAUCUGGGAUCAGGCCCCUUUUCCUUCCCUACCAAAUCUUAAGAACCUUCGCAUUACUUACAGCAGACUCAGCGAGAAGGAUCUUAAAGCCAUUCUUUCUUGUUGCAACGGUCUAUGCACCUUUGUCUAUGAGGCUGCUGAUCCUUGCUCUAUUCCUAAUAGCAGAGAUCAUUUUCACGCAUCUAGUAUUAUAAAAUAUCUCAGUUAUUACCAUGAAACCCUUAAAUCACUGAAACUUGAUCUUCGACGCCUGCGUUGGUCCCCUGUUUCUAACGGCCAAAAUACCCAGGCUGCCUUCAGCUUUCAAGCCUUCACUGCGCUGGAACACUUGUUUCUUAAUUCAAGCGAGCUAUAUAGCUGUUUCCUGACAGAGUCACCCGCAGAGUCCCUCCUGGUCCAGCGUCUUCCCCCAAGUAUUACAACACUACGACUUGCUGGCCAUAUCGGCUAUGGCCUUCCACACCUGGCAAAGGGCCUGCUCGCCCUCGCGGAUGCUGCCUUGCAGGGGCAAUUCCCCAGGCUAGAGCAGGUUAGAUGCGAUGCAGAACAGAAUCUAGAUGAACAUCAUGUGAGCACCAUGUUUUCUGCUGCCGGGGUCGAUUUUGGUUACAGCCGUUGGCCACUAGGCGAGGCUACACUUAGAGACAGUGACGUGCCACCACUAUCUACUCCUUCUCCACAUUUGCCGUUGCCAUCAGAUACGGAUAGUGAUCUAUAA